AUGGCGACUGCAGUUGCAGUACCGACAUUAGCACGGCUCGGAGCACCACUGCGGCGGACGGCCGGGCAGGCACUGGCCCCGAAGGCGUGGACGGCCAGGCGAAGCUUUGCCACGAUUCCGCCUGAUACGGACGGGUCGUCGGUGACGUCGGCUGGAGCGGGCAAGGUGUCGAGCAAGGCGCGGCCGACAUACUUCAAGGACACAACUCUGGCGCCGUUCACGGACUUUGUGGGCAGCAGCAGCAGCAGUGACGGUGCCGAGACGCCGCUGGUGGCCUCGGAGGCGUAUGCGCUGCAGACGGUGGAGGUAGGACCGGCGGGCCGCAAGAAGACGGUGACGCGGCUGCCGCCAUGGCUGAAGACGGCGCUGCCGAGUCCGGGCAGCAGUGAGGGCUUGCGCAAGAUCAAGGCGGACCUGCGGGGGCUGGGACUGCACACGGUGUGCGAGGAGGCGCGGUGUCCGAACCUGAGCGAAUGCUGGGGCGGCUCUUCACGCGCGUCGGCCACGGCGACCAUCAUGCUGAUGGGCGACACCUGCACGCGCGGCUGCCGCUUCUGCAGCGUCAAGACCGACCGCCGCCCACCGCCGCUGGACCCGCACGAGCCCGAGAAUACGGCCGAGGCGCUCGCCCGUUGGGGACUCGGUUAUGUCGUCCUCACCAGCGUCGACCGUGACGAUCUGGCCGAUGGUGGUGCCCACCAUUUUGCCGAGACGGUCCGGCGGAUCAAGCAGAAGCGUGCCGGGCUGCUGGUCGAGGCGCUGACCGGCGACUUUGCCGGCAACCUCGACAUGGUCCGCAUCGUCGCCCAGAGCGGCCUCGACGUCUACGCCCACAACGUCGAGACGGUCGAGGGCCUGACGCCCUACGUGCGCGACCGCCGUGCUACCUUCCGCCAGAGCCUCCGCGUUCUGGCCCACGCCAAGGCCGUGCGCGGCGGCAUCGACCAGCCGGGCGGCCUGAUCACGAAGACGAGCAUCAUGCUGGGGCUGGGCGAGCAGGAGGAGGAGCUGUGGGAAGCACUACGAGAACUCCGGAAAGCAAACGUCGACGUCGUCACCUUCGGCCAGUACAUGCGUCCGACCAAACGCCAUCUCAAGGUCGAGCGCUACGUCACGCCCGACGAGUUCGAGCUCUGGCGCCAGCGCGCCCUCGACAUGGGCUUUCUCUACUGCGCAAGUGGACCGCUGGUGCGGUCUUCGUACAAGGCCGGCGAGGCCUUUAUCGAGAACGUGCUGCGCAAGCGGCAGGCCGGCACCCCCGGACUGGCCACGGCUAGUGCACCAUCUGCAGCCCUGCCGAUAGAGGGGAAGAAGGCGCUGUGA